UCGAUUUGAAUUUUCGGUAGCUACUGCUGACACGACGGUGGAGCGGCGAAAAAAUAAAUAUAUUUAUAGGAAAUAUAUAUCCAUAGAAGGAAGGGGCUGCUCAAUCUGGGAAAGUUGCCUGCUCUGACACCUUGACGUUUGGCAAAUUGAAAGUUUGAACCCCCCACCCAUUCACCAUUCACCAACCUGCCCGGAAUGCGCUCCUUGUGGCUUCUACUUCUAGUGGCUUUCGUUGGCUGUGGCCCCUGUGUUUUAGCUUUGCGUUGCUACAAAUGUGAAGACUGCGAUGAAAAUACGCAGCUAAGUGAAAUGGAAGUGUGUGAGGUUCCACUGAUGAGCGGCAUUGGACAAGGCACACCCGCCAACUCCGGUCCGAUACCAAGUCCUGCUCCUUCUCCAUCACCUGCUGCAACGAAUAAUACAAAUAGUGCUCCUGGCCCCUCCUCAUCCAAUGCCAGCGAAGAGGAAGAGGACUAUGAAAGCGACGAAUCGCCAAACAUAGGCAACAUGCCAGCAGGCGGAGGAGCAACUGGAGGAGCAACUGGAGGAGCAACUGGAGGUGCAGCUGGAGGAGCAACUGGAGGUGCAGCUGGAGGAGCCACUGGAGGAGCAGCUGGAGGAGCAGCAGCGGGAGAAGUUGUCAGCGAAGAGGAGGAGGAGGACGAAGAUGAGGAGGAGGAGGAGGAGCGACGCAGGCGGAGAUGGAGUGCACGACAGGUCGAUCUCGAUGUGCCAAUCCCCUUCUGCUACAGAGUGACUCUCCAACUUAACGAAUCGACGAUCACCAAGAGGGGCUGCACCACCGCCAGGAAGAGCAAUCAGACGGGUGGAUGCGACGGGCUCUUAGAGAACUGGACUGUGGCCGGAUGCGAUAUGUGCCAGGACGAUGGAUGCAACCAACCGAUCGCCAUCGGAUCAGCCAGUAGAAGCAAUGGCCCAUUCUGGACACUGCUGGCGGCACUCACGCUAAUGGCAUUUAUGACCCGCCAUCCGAUAUGGUAGAGAAUCAGCAGACACAGUGUGGGGCCAAUCGAUAUUGAUAUAUAGAAAUACAAGAUAUAUGGCCGCCACAACUUCGA